AUGAGCCGACAGCUCGCAGCAGAAAAGGCCCUGCAUGAUCAGACCAAUAUCCUUCCAAUUGGGAAGUUACUGGUGGUCUUUGCGGGCCUAGCUAUCUCUCUGUUCAUAUCCUUUGUCGACCAGAAUGGCAUCAGCGUCACCCUUCCGACAAUUGCAGCGGCGCUCAAUGGGAAAGACACAAUCUCAUGGGCCGGUACCUCGUCGCUGAUUGCCAACACCAUGUUUAGUGUGUUAUACGGCCGACUCUCGGAUAUCUUUGGCCGGAAGGUUGUGUACUUAUCCGCCUUGGGUUUGCUCUGUAUCGCGGACCUGUUGUGCGGUCUCUCCCAGAACGCAGCCAUGUUCUAUGUCUUUCGUGGGUUGGCGGGUGUCGCCGGGGGUGGCAUCAGCUCGUUAGCCAUGAUUAUCGUGUCGGAUGUGGUGACUCUCGAGCAACGAGGCAAAUACCAGGGUAUCCUAGGAGCAUCCCUCGGGUUUGCCAACGUCGUGGGUCCGUUUCUCGCGGCAGCUUUUAUUCUAAAGGCAACCUGGCGAGGGUUCUUUUGGCUCAUCUCACCACUUGCCGCAUGCUCGAUCGUUGUGGGCUAUUUCCUGAUCCCCAAUAGCGCACCGAAGGACAGCCUGCGUGCCAACUUGAAGCGCAUUGAUUACUUUGGAAUUCUGGCCUCGUCAAUUGGAAUUAUCUUCUUGUUGAUCCCCAUUUCAGGCGGUGGCUCGUAUUUCGAAUGGGACUCGCCAAUGGUGAUUAGCAUGUUUGUCAUUGGUGGCUUGUCGUUAAUCGCAUUCGUCUGUAUUGAAUGGAAGGUGGCAAUCCUGCCGAUGCUACCGAUGGAAUUCUUUAAGAACAAAGUGAUUGUUGCCCUGUUCUUACAAAGUUUCCUCCUAGGGGCAGUCUACCAAGCUUACCUUUACUAUCUCCCACUGUACUAUCAGAAUGCUCGCCAGUGGUCGCCAAUUGUAUCCGCAGCGCUCACGGCUCCGAUGGUUGCCUGUCAGUCGAUAUCCUCCGUACUGUCCGGGCAGUAUAUCUCGCGAUGCAAGCGUUACGGAGAGGUAAUUUGGGUUGGGUUCGCACUCUGGACGCUAGGGGCCGGUCUCACCUUGAUAUUCGGACAAAACACCCACCCCGCUGUCAUCGCCGUGAUUGCCGGCAUCACGGGCGUAGGUAUCGGAUGUACCUUUCAGCCUACUCUCGUUGCUUUCCAAGCACACUGCACCAAGCGUCAGCGAGCAGUCGUCAUCUCAAAUAGAAACUUCUUCCGCUGUCUCGGUGGUGCGUGCGGAUUGGCUGUCUCCGGAGCUGUUUUGCAGGCAACCCUCCGCUCUCAUCUCCCAGUUGGGUAUGAGCAUAUCCAUUCAACGUACACGCUUCCAUCGAGGUCAUCGGUAUCGGACCCGGUGUGGAAUCAGAUCAUUCAUGCGUACACGGCUGCAUCGCACGCCGUGUUUGUUCUCCAGGUUCCAUUGAUUGGGGUUGCUUUCCUGGCUUGCUUUCUUAUUCGGGACCGUGGCCUGGAAAGACCCAAGGAUCCUAGCGAAUUAGCGGAGGAAAAGGAAGCCCAGAGGAGAGCAUCUCCUGAUGUUGAGAAUACGGGAGAAGAGGCAAGUCCGGAGACGGCAGUUCCAGCUGUCGAGUCGAAGCGAUCCGGUGAAACCGGUACCAACGAAAAGCAACAGGUUUGA